AUGGCGAAAAGAAGAUUACCAGACAGACCUCCAAAUGGGAUUGGAGCAGGUGAAAGACCCAAAAAAGUUCCUACCCCGAUAGAUUUACAUGCCUCUCAAACUAAAUUAUCUAAACCAUUCAAAGUACCGUAUAGAUCCUCAACAGUAUCAAGAUCUGUGACAAAUGAAAAAAUUUCUGCUCCAAAUACAUCGUCUUACGGUAGAGUACUAAGGAAGAGAACAAAUAUUUCUUAUGCAAAUUUAGAUAUAGAUAUAGAAGUUAAUAGUUCGACAACUGAUCAAGCGAUUGAUGAAAAUGGGAAAAUAAUUAUAUCGAAGAAUAGAAGAAUUGAUGCAUUAAGUGCCAGAAGAUUAACUGAAGAUCCAAAUCGGUUAUCUAAUAUUAAUUUCACUCUAAAAAGAUCAUUUUCUGUUCCAAUUAAAGGUUACAUUCAAAGACACUCUAUUCCAAUGACACUUGGUAUGAAGAGAACAGUAAUACCCGAACCAAGACCAUUACAUGAUCCAACAGAUGAAUUUGCCAUUGUGUUGUAUGAUCCUUCGAUUGAUGGUGAAAUGAUUAUUAAAGGAUCUAACGAAAAUACAACCACAAAUAACAUAGAAGAGAGUACUCAAAAUUUAAACAAUACACAAAGAAAAAAAACAUGUCUUCAUCCAAAAUUUAUGUCAAAUGGACUCCGAAAUAAAUCUCUAAACGAAUUAUUAGGCGACUCUCCAUUUUCUCAAUCCAAUGAAAAGAGCAAAACUUUUAAGAAUAUUCCUGUCGUAUUAGAUCCAAAGUUGGCCAAUAUUUUAAGACCACAUCAAGUCGAAGGUGUUAGAUUUUUAUAUCGCUGUGUAACUGGUCUGGUAAUGAAAGAUUAUCUAGAAUCUCAAAAGGUAUUAGAAAGCUCUAAAAUUGUCUUAAAAGAAGAUGCUCCAAAUGAUGAGCUUGAGCUAAGAUUAAGUCAGCAGUUGGAACAAGGGGCAGUAGCAGCGACACAACAAGAAGAAAUAAAACAAAAUAUGAAGGAAGAAACAAGAACUACUAAAUCAAAUAAGAAAAAAAAUAGUAAAAAAUCAACAAAAAAACAAAAUGAAAAAAAAACUAAAAAUACCCAAGGAGCAUCCCAAGUUGAAAAAGUAGAGAAUCCUGAAGACAAUAGAGGUGCUUAUGGGUGUAUUAUGGCAGAUGAGAUGGGGUUAGGUAAGACUUUACAAUGUAUUACCUUAAUGUGGACACUUUUAAGACAAGGUCCUCAAGGUAAACGAUUAAUUGAUAAAUGUAUUAUCGUUUGCCCUUCAUCACUAGUCAAUAAUUGGGCUAAUGAAUUAAUAAAAUGGCUAGGACCCGGUACAUUAUCACCUUUAGCCAUUGACGGUAAAAAAUCAUCUUUAAUGUCAUCAAACUCUACUGUUUCUGAAGCAAUAAGAGCAUGGGGUCAAGCAAAGGGUCGUAAUAUUGUCAAGCCAGUACUAAUUAUUUCUUAUGAAACUUUAAGAAGGAAUGUUGACCAAUUGAAAAAUACUGAAGUUGGAUUAAUGCUGGCGGAUGAAGGUCAUAGAUUAAAAAAUGGUGACUCUUUAACCUUUACUGCAUUAGACAGUAUUAACUGUCCUAGAAGAGUUAUCUUAUCCGGUACACCGAUACAAAACGAUUUAUCAGAAUAUUUUGCAUUAUUAAAUUUCUCCAACCCUGGAUUAUUAGGAACUAGAUUAGAAUUUAGAAAAAAUUAUGAAAUCCCAAUUCUUAGAAGUCGUGAUGCCGAUGCUACUGAUAAAGAAAUAGCCAAAGGUACGCAACAACUUACUCAAUUAUCCAACAUUGUAUCAAAAUUUAUUAUUAGACGUACAAACGAUAUAUUAUCGAAAUAUUUACCAUGCAAAUAUGAACACGUUAUAUUUGUUAAUUUAAAGCCAUUUCAAAGGGAACUUUAUAAACGUUUUGUUAAAUCUAGAGAUAUUAAAAAAGUUGUUAAUGGAGUGAACGGUUCCCAACCAUUAAAGGCUAUUGGUUUAUUAAAAAAAUUAUGUAAUCAUCCUAAUUUAUUAAAUUUGGAAGAUGAACUGAAUUCUGUUAUGACUGACGAUUUUGAUAUACCUGAUGAUUUUAAUAUGAAUGGUAAUAGUAGAACUAUCCAAACAGAAUAUUCGGGGAAAUUUUCAAUACUAGAAAGAUUUUUACAUCAGAUAAAAACCAAAUCUGAUGAUAAAAUUGUUUUAAUUUCAAAUUAUACUCAGACAUUAGAUUUAAUUGAAAAAAUGUGCAGAAAUAAACAUUAUGGUGUCUUAAGAUUGGACGGUACGAUGUCUAUCAACAAGAGACAAAAAUUAGUGGAUAGAUUUAAUGACCCGGAGGGACAAGAAUUUAUCUUUUUGCUAAGUUCUAAAGCCGGUGGUUGUGGUAUCAAUUUAAUUGGUGCAAAUAGACUUAUAUUAUUAGACCCUGAUUGGAAUCCUGCGGCAGAUCAACAAGCAUUAGCUCGUGUUUGGAGAGAUGGUCAAAAGAAGGAUUGUUUUAUUUAUAGAUUUAUCUCCACAGGUACUAUUGAAGAGAAAAUAUUCCAAAGGCAAUCUAUGAAAAUGAGUCUGAGUUCAUGUGUUGUCGAUGCUAAAGAAGAUGUCGAAAGAUUGUUUAGUGCUGAUAAUUUAAGACAGUUAUUUCAAUUGAACGAAAAUACUAUUUGUGAUACACACGAAACAUACCAUUGUAAAAGAUGUAGUGCUAAUGGUAAACAAAAGAUUAAAUCCAAGACAAUGCUAUAUGGUGAUGCUACAACAUGGAAUCAUUUAAAUCAUGAUAGUCUUGAGAAAACAAAUGAUCAUUUGUUAAGAAGUGAACACGAUAAGAAUGAUAUUAGUUACGUUUUUCAGUACAUAUCUCAUUAA